CUACGACCACCAACCGCCAACUAUCCCACUGAACAUGUCUUCGCCAGAGGAUGCCAACGAUAGCGACGCCUUUCCUAUGAAUGACAAGUCUAAAAACGGUGAAAGGAAGAAAAGGCCAAGGGCUUGCGACAUGUGCAGGCGGAGGAAAGUCCGAUGCGACGGCGAUUCCAUGCCGGACGGCCUCUGCACGAAUUGUAAGACGUACGACUAUAAAUGCACCUAUGCUCCUAAGAAACGUGCCAUUGAUCCCGAAUAUGUCCAAAAUCUGGAGUCCCAGCUAGCCCAAGCUCAUGAUACGAUCAGGAAGUUAACGGCAAGGCUCGAAGCUGCAGAUAGUGCUAUGGACACUCAGAGCUCCUCGGUUCCGUCGCCCUCUUCUUCAUCUGCAAUCUUCCCUCAUUGCGGGCCAACCGGAAAGAACGGUAAACGCCUGCCUUCCCUACCCCCACUGAACGACGAACAGUACCCCAGCGACGACGACGGUGACAUGGUUGGGUCAAUUGAAAAGCGGAUGCCAUCUCUAGCACACACUCCGGCACAUCUUCAAUACCUUGGCAAGUCCAGCUCUCUCGUCUUAGUGCAACAGGCCCUGGAUAUGAGGGAGGCGGCGAUUGCGGCAAGCGCCGCCAGUCUUCCACCAACGCUCGGCCCAGCGAAGAAUAGAGAGGCGUUCCGCGAGAUGUGUGGCGAGCCCUGGAAGGAAAACCCGUGGAUCGCGCCUCCAAUGGCAUGCCCCUAUACCCCUCGAGACUUCCCAGAGUCGGACUUACUCGCCUCGCUAAUCGAUAAAUACUUCGACAACUCGAACACCUUCAUGCCCCUCCUCAAUCGCAUCAUCUUUCAGAAGCAAGUCGAUGCGGGUCUGCAUCUGCGGAACGAAGGGUUCGGCUCGACCGUUCUGAUCGUGUGUGCCAUUGGUGCACGCUUCUCCGAUGACAGGCGCGUAUUGCUUGAUGGCUCAGAGCACUGGCAAACAUCCGGAUGGAAAUGGUUCCGGCGCGUUCAGGAAGUCCGCAAGACCCUUGACCUAUCACCGACAGCCCUAUACGACAUACAGGUGCCAGCUCUUGCCGCGGUGUAUCUGUAUGCAUCUCCGACACCUAAUGCCGCCACGGUAAUCAUAUCAUAUGGCCUGCGAUCGGCUAUGGACCUCGGUGCGCACAAGCGGAAGGUGUACAGGCAAACCCCAAAUACAGACGAUGAGUUAUUGAAGCGUGCGUUCUGGGUUCUGGUCGUGCUGGACCGUACGUUGAGCUGCAUCCUUGGUCGCCCUUGUUGCAUCCAAGACGAAGACUUCGAUCUCGAUAUGCCUAUCGAAUGUGACGACGAGUAUUGGUUCCAUGAAGACCCUGCGCAAGCUUUCAAGCAGCCCCCGGGACGACCGUCGAGCGUCAUCGCCUUCAACUGUACUAUUCGUUUAAUGCAGAUACAAGCAGCCACCUUGCGCACCAUUUAUGCGACAAACAAAUCCAAAGCACACUGGGGCUUCAGUAUCGAGAUGCAACAGGAGAUUGUAAGUGCUUUAGAUUCGGCGUUGAACAAGUGGAUGGAUUCUGUACCUGAACACUUGCGAUGGGACCCAAAUAUCGAGCAAGAUUCGUUUCUACAUCUAUCAGCUUGGCUCUACUCGUCCUACUAUCAUCUCCAGAUUCUUGUUCAUCGCUCCUUCAUACCUAUACCGAGCAAGUCUACGACUCUGACACUACCGUCACUCACAAUUUGUACAAACGCCGCAAGGUCGUGUGUGCAUAUCCUUGAAGUUCAAUUCAAGCGCAACGUGCAGGGUGUUUAUCAAAACUUGGUUGCCCUGUUCAACGCAGCUAUGAUGCUGGUUCUGACUCUGUGGGCCAACAAACACUCUGACACCUCUUCGAAAUCGAAGAGGGACCUCGAAGACGUGAUCAAAGUCUUGACGAUGUUAAAGUAUCUAGAGCUACGCGUCAACAUAGCCGGCAAGGUUAGGGAUUGCCUCAUUGAGCUUGCAGCUAUCGGCGAUUUUCAUUUUCCCGGCGACCCGCCGCGAAGGGGACUGAAGAGGGGCUGGAACAAUGACGACGAGUUUGCAGCGUCAAGCCCUCCGAGUAACGGCCCUCUCGGCUCUAAUUUGACCACGCGUAUCAUGGCAGGCACACAACGAGCACAGCAGCACGCCAAAAGAGCCACCGCCGUCGGUACGGCCAGUGUCAACUCCUCUAGCGAUAGCCUGCCGCCGUACGUGACGGAUUCCGUACUUCUAAACUCGCUCUGGCAGAAUCAGGCAUGGAUGGCCCAUCGACAACCUGGCGCCACCCCGGCGUGGGACUCUCAGUUUUCGAUGUCGUCGUCAUCGGCUCCUGGGCCUGCCGCCAGUCCGUUUACGGGACAGAAUGGCAAUACGUAUGCCUCAUCGCCGAUGUAUCAGGGGCCGCUCUCGACACCGCCUCAGACAUCGUACACUGCCGAUUCAAUCGCAGCGACGUUCUCAAACAGAUUUGUGCAAGCGACUACGGAAUCCCCGAGUGCUAUGACUGGUAUAACCACAGACAGCCCGCAGUCGUGGGGACAGUCUAGCUCUCGGGACGAGCGGUCAGGAGGUAGUCCCGCGCCGUUGUUUGACAGCGACGUGCUUGCUAUGCUGUCGAGUGCACCGAUGGGUUUAGAAUGGAAUGACUGGGGCACGUAUAUCAACAGCUUGACGGACGUGGAGAACAUCCGAGAUAUCUCGGCGAAUUUGGCGAACCUGUGAUCAAUGAUUUCCAUGCGUCUAGAACUUUAUACUGUAUUAUUUCCUAUGUAGUCGUAGCUAAUGUUCAAAUGUAUCUCCCUCUCACCG